AUGUCCACUGAAGAUUCAAAACAGCAGAAGGCAAAUGAAACCACUGGUAAUGAGUCGGUGAAGCUGCCUCAGAAGCGAAUGUAUCGCCAAAGGGCACACUGCAAUCCCUGGUCGGAUCACUGUCUCAGCUAUCCUGUGCGCCCCGAACUUUUCCAAUGGGGUGAACUUUUUGACGGCAAAGUUAAUCCGCCCGUCAGUAUGGUCGAUGUUGGAUGCGGCUACGGUGGCUUGCUUUUCAGUCUUUCCACCCUCUUUCCUGAAGCACGUAUUGUUGGCAUGGAGAUUCGGCUCAAAGUCUCGGACUACGUGCAGGUACUAUGA